GUAAAAAUUAUAAAGCAAUAUCUAACUAACUGUAAAGCUCGCGGGAAAUUCGCUAAUUUUUGUCUGAUUUAAAAAAAUAACAGAAUAUAUACCUCUUGAAUUGUAACAAUCAAAUAGAAAUUAUGGAAUUAAGAGUAGAAUUCACAAAAAAAUGAAAUACAUACAUGUUAUGUAUUAAUUAAUACAAUAAAACGCAGCAUGCUCUCUUCAAUGUUUCAAUUCGUAUGGCCAUUUAACAGUGAACCAAUCAGAUUACAGAGAAAUGAAAACGAUUAAACCACACACAAAAAUGAAAUUUACUAUUCCAAUUGAUUAUUAUUAUUAAUUAAAUAUAUUUGGAACAUACUAUUACUAUUAUUAUUUAUUGUUUUCACUAGUAUUAUUGACAGACUGGUGAUUUUUAUCACUAGUUUCUUAAUGUUUAUAAAACCUAUUCAUGUGAAAUAUUUUAAACUGGAAUUAUAUACAUAUGCCUGAAACAAGUGGAAUAAUUUAAUUGUGGAAUAUAUAUAAUUUUAUUUGAAUUAUUUAUACUGAACCGGAUUUUAUUUACAAAUUCGACCAGUGGACUAACGAAACACAAUUACUGCACAGAAUUUAACUCCUUAAUAACUGGUGGCAAAUAAUGGAGGAAGUGAAUAGUUCUCAGAUUGAUGACAAUAACCCAACAGAUCCUGAGAAGAAUUUGUCAGCAUCAUCAAGAAAGUCUAGCAUAGAGAUAGUGACUGAGGGGACCUUCGAAGUGAGUGCUGAUAGUGUGGUGGGCAAAGAAGAAACCAGCCUAGAUGUUCAGGGUAGCGUGAAUGCUUCUCACGAGAAUCUGUACACAUCUGUGAUAAUUCAAAAGGAAUUAGACACUUCUGAUCAGCUCAGUGACGAAAGCGCUAAUAAAAUAUCUUCAGAAACGCCUACUGAAAGAGUGAUUACUCUUGAACAUGAAAGAAUAGCUCAGUUUUCAAACAACAGUGACAACUUUGUUGAACAAGGCGAUCCUGAAGGUGUCCAUAGAAGCAUAUAUCUUACUUCAUCUAAUAAUGAAAGCGCAGAUACCUUAGAUAACGAAGGGUCUUCAAUAGAUAUGAGACGAAAGAGUUCUAGAAUCACGAUCGAAUAUGAUGUGCCGGAAAGUGAAGCAAAGCCGGAACAUAGUAUUGAAAUAGUUCGCAGUUAUGAUACAGACUUAAAUGUAGACCAGGAAUACGACAUAACACCUGAACACGAAAGUGCAUCUACUAUUUCAGCGACACACACCCCUAGUGAAACUGUACCUCCUGAGACAGGAGAACACUUAACUGCUGAGGUGACUGUACCUCCUGAAACAGGAGAACACUUAACUGGUGAGGUGCAGUUUCUCUCUCAACGGGAGUACACUCAAGAUAGUCAAAACAGUCUCCGAUCAGAUAGUCCUGGCUCUUCAGAGAAACAUUCUGUCGAAGCUGAUAUGGGCGAGACAAUAGAAAAAACUGAUGAAACACUCAAGGAGUUCGAAGGACUUAAGAUAAGCAACUCAGAAAUGAAAAUGAAUGAUUCAUCUGACGACUUAGUUGAGCAUGAAGAAAUUAAACAUAAUGACGGGGAAAUACAAGCACAAGCACCCGAGUAUUCUGUACCUCAGGAAGAUGAAAAUCACUACGAAACAAACGAUUUUUCUCCUAAUAACGAUAAAAGUGGCUUCUUGCCUCGUACAAGUUCCCAAGAUGUCGAACAAUUUGUUAGCCAACAUGACUAUUUAGUGGACAGUAGUAAUGAUAUAAGAUUAGACAGUACAUCAUCUGAAAAAGUUACCGAAGUGGAAGGAACAAAUGUUGAGGAUCCAUUUAUUCCCACAGAUACAUCAUAUACAGCUGAAGCUGAAAAUACGGUGGAGUAUGAAGAAGCACAGUAUGGAGAUCAACAUGAGGAAUCACAUGCACUGAAUGAGUCAGAACCCAUAUCUAUUGAAGAAUCAGUAAUCUGCAUGGAAGGGAAUGAAUCUCCUUCAGUUGAGACACAUCUCACUGAAAUGCAGGAAACACCUAACCGCAGUCAAGACAUAGAAGAAGAACUUACGAAUGCCAUCUCUUCAGAAGUAUGUCAUGAGAAGAUAAGAGAAAACGAGCAGAGUUCUAACGUAGUUGAAGAUGAAAAUAUCAUUUCGUCAGUGGAGAGUAUUCAUCAUAUUAAUGAGCACAGUGCAGAUGACAUCUGUUUACCUACAUUAGCCAAUGAAAAUAAUGCUCCAGAGAUGCUGAUACAAAAUUCAGAAGAACAACUAAGCCAUUCUAGAGAUGAUGUUGCGUGUAUACAAGAGGCAGUGAUACCAACAACUACUGACACUGAUUUCAUUUAUAACAAAGAAUCCGAAGAACAAAUCAUUCCAACCGGCAUACAACAGCAGUCGACACAGGAAGUAUUCGAGGAAAAUAUUCACGACAACAGUGCAGUAUUACUUGCAUCUGACCAUUACGUAAAUGAUCAGUUACUGACAACUGAGCUUCUUGAAGACAGUCCGGAAUCCUUUAAACUAACUGCACAUAUUCAGAAUAAGGAAGAAUAUUACAAUCAGUUACCUGAAGAAUUUUUAACAGAUGAAAAUAAUGAACAGCAAUAUGAAUCUAUCAAUGAAAGUGUCCAAGAAAAAGUUUUAUUGAAUACAACUGUCGAACCAAAUUAUGCAGUGGUAAAUGGUGACUAUGACAGCAAAACUCCUAUUAGUACUGAGGAGUCUUUUAAUAAAUUGGAGGCAACUACACCAUUGAAUGGAUCAGAAGUAAAAGCGAAAAUUUCAAAACAAACUACUGAUGUCGAUGAAAUCAGUUUAAAUUCAGAAGGGGAUCAGAGAACAGAAUUUGAACAGCGUUAUGCUGAACUUAUUGCUAAAUAUUUACCGUUUGACAGGCAAAUGAAAUUAGAUAGUCGAUCGAGACGAACUAAAACACUAGACAGGUUCAAUAAAUCUAAAAUCAAUGUAAACAGAUACUCGUAUAUAGAUACAACGAGAGAUGAUAAGAAAAGAGCUGUUACCCUGGAGCGAAAUGAAUUUAAACGUAAACGGCGUCCACAACCAAAACCGUCAGUGAAUGAUGAUUAUUUGUAUCCUGACUCUGUAACACCAUCUAAGGUGGAUCAGAGUAUAAGUGUUCGAAGUUUAGAAGAAGGUAUGCCUGAAGGCACUUAUGACGUCCCGUAUAUUGAUGACGAUGCUUUCUUACCUAGAAAACUACGUGAAAAUAAAGAUGAAGUGGAUGGAUCAGAUGAUGGUAGUAGUCUAAGCCUAGAAGAUGAUUAUUGGUCAUGGAAUCCAAAUAGACUUAGUACACUGGAAGCUAAUCAUAUUGCAGACACAAAUGAAUGUGCGCCUACACCUGAUAUCCAACCGAAAUCCAAAACAAUCACAUCCAUAUUGAGUAAAAAGAAGAAAUCCCAUCAAAAACAAGAUUUGAUCACUAAACCAAUGACAAAUGGGGAUAAACAAAAGAAUAAAGGCAGAUUGCUCCUCUGUGGUUGUGUAAGUAGAAAAUCGAAGAAACGAUAA